AUGCCAUUCCCAAAGCCCAGUUCGCACGUGGAGUCGCACACAAAGGACGUGUGGUCUUUGAUCAAUGAGGCUGCUGCACAGGCCGAAAAAGACCAGGGCCGUCCGGUCGUCAAUCUUGGGCAGGGCUUUUUUUCUUAUGCACCUCCGGAUUUUGCUCUGGCGGCGGCCAAGAAGGCGAUUGAUGUGCCUGCUUUCAACCAGUACUCGCCUACGCGUGGCCGGCCUGAGCUACUGAACUCGUUGGCCAAAACAUACUCAGGUUCCUACAAGAGGAACCUCGACCCCAAGACUGAAAUUCUCGUCACUGCUGGUGCUAAUGAGGGCAUGUAUGCUGCCUUCACUGCGUUUUUGGACGAUGGCGAUGAGGUCAUUGUAUUCGAACCGUUUUUCGACCAGUACAUUUCGAACAUCAAGCUCCCUGGCGGCGUGCCCAAGUUCGUACCCAUCCAUCCUCCCAAGGAUGCAGAGAAGACGUCCAGUGCCAACAACUGGUACAUUGAUUUCGAUGAGCUUGAGGCCGCCAUCACUCCAAAAACGAAAAUGAUGGUGCUCAAUUCCCCCCAUAACCCCAUCGGCAAAGUGUUUUCUGAGCAAGAGCUGCUCAAGAUCAGUGCUUUAGCUAUCAAGCACAACUUCAUCCUUCUUUCUGAUGAAGUGUACGACAGUCUGUACUACGGGAAGUUCACUCGCCUGGGUGCCUUGUCUCCUGAAAUCUACAACCUUACUCUGACGGUGGGUUCUGCUGGAAAGACUUUUGCUGCCACUGGCUGGCGGGUUGGCUGGGUUAUUGGCCCUGAGCAUCUGAUCAAGUAUGUGGCAGCUGCACACACGCGUAUUGUAUUCUGUGUCAACACUCCUCUGCAAAUUGCCAGCUCGGAGGCCCUUGAAAUCGCUCGCAACGGCACCUACUACCAGGACACUGUGAAGAUGUUCAAACACAAGUAUGCCAUUCUACAGUCGGUAUUUGACGAACUAGGCCUUCCAUACAGUACGUCUGAGGGCGGAUACUUCUUACUGGUGAAUUUUUCAAAGGUCCACAUUCCACCUGAUUUCCAGUUCCCCGAGUCGAUCAGUGGGCGCCCCCGCGAUUUCAAGCUUGCAUUUUGGUUGAUCCAUCAAUUUGGCGUGGUCGCAAUUCCGCCAACCGAGUUCGUCACCCCUCCAAGCUAUCCUUUACUAGAGAACUAUCAGCGCUUUGCUGUUUGCAAGGACGAUCAUCUUCUGGAGGAGGCAGUUGUACGUCUUCGUGCCCUCAAGAAAUACAUCAGUUAG